AUGUUGAAAAGCCAAACAGAAUGGCCUGAGCCAAUAAUCAGAGUUCAAUCUUUAUCUGAAGGAUGCAAAGAUUCAAUUCCUGAUAGGUAUAUCAAGGCUCCAACUGAUAGGCCAUUUGUAAACUCUUCUUCUUCUCAUGAUGAUGAUAUUAAUAUUCCUAUAAUCGACCUUGGAGGUUUAUAUGGUGACGAUUUCGAUGUUCGAGCUUCGAUAAUGAAGCAAAUUUCCGAUGCUUGUCGCGACUGGGGUUUCUUCCAAAUCAUAAACCAUGGAGUGAGUCCUGAUUUGAUGGAUAAAGCUAGAGAAACAUGGCGCGAAUUCUUUCACAUGCCUAUGGAGGUUAAACAACUAUAUGCAAACUCUCCAACAACUUAUGAAGGGUAUGGAAGUAGACUUGGUGUUGAGAAAGGUGCUAUUCUUGAUUGGAGUGAUUACUACUUUAUGCACUAUCUUCCUUUUGCACUUAAGGAUUACAACAAAUGGCCUUCUUCUCCUUCAUCUUGCAGGGAAGUGUUUGAUGAGUAUGGUAAAGAAUUAGUGAAACUAAGUGGGAGAUUAAUGAAGAUUUUAUCGAAAAACCUUGGAUUAGAAGAAAAAGAAGUUGAGAAUGCAUUUGGGGGAGAAGAGAUAGGAGCAUGCAUGAGAGUGAAUUUUUAUCCAAAAUGUCCAAGGCCAGAAUUGACAUUAGGAUUAUCAUCACACUCAGACCCGGGAGGGAUGACUAUGUUGCUACCUGAUGAUCAAGUGGCAGGUCUUCAAGUUCGAAAAUUUGAUAAUUGGAUUACAGUCAAUCCUGCUAAACAUGCCUUCAUCGUCAACAUUGGUGACCAAAUACAGGUUCUAAGCAAUGCAAUAUACAAGAGUGUGGAGCACAGAGUGAUUGUGAAUUCAGAUCAAGAAAGAGUUUCUCUUGCUUUCUUCUAUAACCCAAAAAGUGAUAUACCCAUUGAGCCAUUAAAACAGCUUCUAACUCCUGAAACACCUGCACUCUAUCCACCAAUGACCUUUGAUGAAUACAGACUCUUCAUUAGAAUGAAUGGACCUCGUGGCAAAUCUCAAGUUGAAUCCAUGAAAUCUCCCAGAUAA